UGACAGUUUAUCAUCCGACCACAGGCUGGACGCAUCCAUCCACACGCAGCUGUGGUUGGUGCCGCUUCCAGUCCAGGAAAAAACAGCUGUGCGCCGUGACGCGCGCCUGGACGGCGAGGGAGGAGGGUGAGGGAGGUACACAGAGAAGGGGGUGCGAGCAAUCUCACCCCUCAAAAUCAACGUGGCUGCAUCCCAGAAUGCAAGAAGUGUUGGUGAUCUUCAAAUGACCCACCUCCGCCGCUGACUUAGUCUGCGCGUAAAACUUCCAGCCGUCGCUCCAGCAUGCCUGUUGGAGGCAAAGCCCGCGGAUGUGCCACGUGAGGCGGACCGGAGAAACUGCAAACCCCGCUCAAAGUUUGCCCGCAGAGACCACAGUGACAAUUGCCAAAGCAAACACGCAACUUUCCCCGCGUUUUUCCAGCUUCUCUGACACUUUUCGCGCACCGCCUGUUACUUGGGAUUGCUCGGAUUCGGCGACGCGUCUGUGUAUGUUAAGCACAGGAGACGCGUAGUUUUUGUGUUUGUCGGAGUGGUCCGCUUUCAGGAAGGUGACAUGCAGGUUCUCGGCUGGACACUACUGCUCCUCUCCCAAUGGAUCUUACAAAAGGUCCAAGGUCUGGAGAAGCAAGUUGACUUCUCAAACUUGGGCCAAGUGGGGUCAGCGAUGAAGACUCUUCCAUAUGGCAUGGGUAGCAGUACAGUAGGAGGAGUUGCUAAGCCCCCAUACCAAACUCGCAUCUUCUCCACAUCGAUCGAUCAGACACCAAUGAAGUCCAAGCCACCUACCUACAGUUUCUACAACCCCUACGACUCAGGCCGGAAUCACUCCCUGUUUCUGGAUCAGACAGGGUAUCGCUCCAAGCGCAAGCCUUUACUAAAAACAAACAUGAAGACGAAGAAGAUCUUUGGCUGGGGAGACUUCUACUUCACCGUAAAGACCGCAAAGUUUAGCUUGCUGGUGACAGGGAAGAUCGUGGACCACAUCAACGGGACUUUCACUGUGCACUUCCGCCACAACUCAACCAGUCUGGGGAAUGUGUCAGUCAGCAUCGUGCCACCAACCAAAGUCGUGGAGUUUGAAGUCCUGCAACAGCCGCAGCUGAAUCCCCACACCCAACAGGACAUCCAGAUCCACGACACCAAGCAGUCUACCAUUGACCCCAAAGAUGGAAAGACCCUAAAUUGCAGGGUUGAGUAUGAAAAAACCGACAAGUCCAAGAAGUCCAGACCCUGCCUGUACGAUCCAUCUCAGACCUGCUUCACAGAGCACACCCAGUCCCAAGCUGCCUGGCUCUGUGCCAAACCUUUCAAGGUGAUCUGCAUCUUUAUUUCUUUCUUAAGCAUCGAUUACAAGCUGGUUCAAAAAGUUUGUCCGGACUACAACUUCCAAAAGGAGCGCGUAUAAUGAUGGGAAAUGGUACUAAUAUUGGUGAAAAAGCAGGGGACAGUUUUCUCUGCUUCUGAACUGCUGUGAAUUGUGGAUUUAUUCAUGUAUAACCAGACCCGCGGAUGAUUAAGAAAUGGCUGAUUUCCCCGUUUUUUCCAACUUUGUAUUUGUUAAAUGCUGUUUUUAUGUUUUGUUUAUUGUAAAUAAUGUAAUCAACUUCAGCAGACUUAUUGUUUUUAGAUAUAUGUUUCUCAGUGUUAUUACUUUCUUCAGUUGGACAAUUCAGUUAAAACCAGCAAAGUUGGUAUUAUCCCCUUCAAGUGCAGAAUGAGUCUCCGAGGCAGCUGUUCUUUGCCAUCGCUAUGUGGCAGACAGACUGACUGUUAAUCAUCUUCUCAGCUCUACAUUUUCAAGCCAUGGAUACAAGAGGGUUAUUUGUUUGAGAAAUGUUAUGGAUAUGCGUACAAGAUCCUGUAUGAACAAGCACAUUAAAAUCUCUUUAACCGUC